CUUGCGCCAUGCAUUGUCAUUGUUAGGAUAAGUAGAACAAUAUGCAUUCCUGUUGCAUGCAUUUUUUUCCAACUGGGUGCUGACGGGAUUGGUAGUAUGUCCUCGCUGUCAGCUCUAAUUGGAAGCACCGUACUCGGGAUUAUGUCUGAUGUGGUGUUUUGUAGAGAGACGAGCAUGUAUCUUGAAGAAUGAACGUGGUCAGUCGAAGUAUAAAAAGAUUAUAGCAACCGAAUACGAUGGAUAAUCGACGGAAAAAGAAGCUGACGUUCUUCACCAUUGGGCUUAUUUUCCUUCUAAGCGGUGUGGAAUAUGCUGUGAUACUGCCCACAAUAUGGAGGUACUUGCAGACUUUAGAUGCAGCCCCUUACUUCCUGGGUUUGGCUCUGUCAGCAUUCAGCUUGAGUGGCCUCCUGUCAGGACCGCUGUUUGGCCACUGGUCUGACAGAACACGAACCACCAAGAAGAUCAUCUUGUUUGCCAACCUUUUUGAGGUAGCUGGUAAUUUCAUGUACUUCAUGGGCUACUCCAAGUGGCUCUUACUGUCAAGCAGAUUGGUAGCAGGCAUUGGCACAGGUGCAGGCUCAUCUAUUUUUGGUUUCCUGACCAGAAGCACUGCUCCAGAGGACCGCGCCACAGUAUUUGCUGCUGUUAUGGCGUGUCGACAAGCUGGCCUCCUGAUUGGUCCAGCAUUUAAUAUCUUCCUGAGGCUGUGUGAUUUCCACCUGGGUCCUUUUGUGGUCAAUAAAUAUACUGCACCUGGGUUGUUCAUGUGCCUGCUGUGGAUUCUCCUUCAGCUGGCAGUGAUCUUCAUGUACUGGGACCUACCACCUCUGGAGAAAAGGAAGGCACAGGAGAGUUUAACAAGGAAGAGUGGGGAAGAGGAGAAUGAGCAAGGGCCAAUGGAAGAUGAGGAAGAGGACAAUGAGGAGGGAAAGCCGCUAAUGAGGUCCCAGGAGCUGGUGGGAUCCUACGGCUCAGUGGUGACACCCAACCCUCUGAGAAACAGCAUCUCUGCUGCCUCCAAUGCCACACUGAAUCAUAUCUCCCCACCUCCAUCUCCACUGCCAUCAGAGACCCAUGAGUCCUCCAGCCCCUUUAAGAAUUUCAGCAUAUCCCGAGAGUUCCUGAGAGAAGAGGUGGUUGUGCUGCUGGCUGCUCAGUUCAUCACCCUCUUCAAUCAGACAGCACUGGAGACCAUGGUGACUCCAUUGACUCAGAAGUAUUUCGGCUACGGGGAGCUGGAGAACAGUGUGAUGUACUGUCUCUGUGGUGUUGAGGUGGUUGCUGGCUUCCUCUUUGUGCGCUGGCUGAGCCAGCGUGUUGCUGAGCGGGUGGUCCUGGCCAUUGGUUUGACCAUCUGCAAUAUCUCUGGUGUCUGGUGCCUCAUCUUCCUGGCUAACCCACUAGGUGGCUUUCCGUGGCAGCUGACUGAGUUCAUCAUUGGGGUGUUUCUGCAGGUUUUGGGUUUGCCAUUUGUAGCUGUGGCCCAGGUUUCCCUCUUUUCCAAAGUCACUGCUGAGAGAACACAAGGUUUCAGUCAGGGAGUGCGUCGCUCAGUGGGAGGUCUAGCUACCAUCCUGGGCCCUCUGUGGGCUGGUGGUCUUACGGACAACAUUUAUAUCAUGAUGGGGGUGAUGAUGGCACUGCUGGCACUGCUAACGAUGAUGCUGGCUUUCUCAUAUGACCGUCUGGUUGAGCCUGUUGCUGAGGAGGAAGCAGACAGCCCAGACAGCUGUGGCUGAUCCAACAGGAAAAAUGGAAAUGAAAGGUAGCUAUUUGCAAAUAUAAUGCUUCAAGUUCCUAUAGACUUGUACCAGAUUUAUACAAUACAAUUAUUGUUUUUAGCUAGUUUGUUAGCUUUUGGAAUGUGGGCUAGUAAAGUAACCUAACAGCGCACACCUCCCCUCUUCCGGAGUGCUUCCCUAAAGGGGACUUGUCUGUUUUUGUGUGCAAGGGCAGAUGAAAGUACUGUUUUGGUGUAUAUGUAUAUUUCCCAUGGAAAUAUAGAAUCCUGAUGGCACCACACAUGCAAGCUUCGGCUGAAAAUGGUUUUCGUCCUUUUGUGCUCUGCGGUACUAAUAGGUGUAUCACACAUUCUGCUUAACUGUUAAAUUACUGUUAAAUUAAUUAACAUGCCAAAUGGUCAUGGAUUUAGCUGACCUCUGACCUUGUGCUGCAGGAGAAUCUUUGAGCUGUUUAGUCUUCACACUUCUUACCUCAUCUUCUGCAAAAACAAGCAUUCGUAACAUUUAUCACCUCCCUGAACACAACCCGUGACAUUACCUAUGGCAAUGUUUUUAUCUGUGAAGAGUUUCUCUGGCAGGUAGAAAGCCAGGAUUUAUUGUCCUCUAACUGAAAUACUCAAAGGUUUGACCAGACUUUUACAUCAGAAGGAUUUCAACCUUGAUGAAAUAUCAUUUCAGUCCUCUUCUUUAUUCACAUCCAUUUCAGCUGCGUCUGAAAUACUGAGGUUGAAUACAAGGUUUCUCCUUGAACACAUCUAAAUAUUUACAAAAACACUAUGUUUGAUUUUCUUUGCAAGUUGUAUUCACUCAUUUUAAUUUUUCAGAGUUGCCUCUACAUAAGCCUAAGCCUGUGUUGGGUUAAACUUUGUAAAAGAACUAACAUUAACACAGAAGAGUUGAAUUAAUGUGGGUUUUAACUGUUCGUUUUGACACGGUGAUAAAAAUGCUGUUUCAAAUGUAUUUACAACCUGGCAGUAAUAGAUAUCUCAGGGCAACUUGUAGUCUUUGGUGUGAAAAUUCACAUUAGGAGAUAUUACACUUUGACUCAGUAUCAUUGAUCAGUAAAUUCAUUCUACGAAUGUUGGAAUCUGCCUUUUUUUUUAAAAACUUACUGGUGUAAAGACCGUUAAAUGAUUCAAUAAGUUUCCCACUAUAAAAAGAGACCAGCAAUUCAAAUUUGUGAUAGUUUGACGGUGAUGCAGUACUUAUUUUCAACACUGGUGGGUGCUCUUAGCCUUUGUUCCAAAAUGCAUGUUCCCCUGAAGAGUCUAAUGUGUUAACGUGUGAUCCACAUCAGCCUGAAAGUUCAAUAAGUGCACUAUUACAAAAAAACACAUUUAGGGAAAAACAUCUUCAUUUGGAACUUUGUUACACAAAAAUUUGCAAGGUGAUAGUACAGAAAACACACAUCUGUCAAAGGAUAAUUCUCUGUCUUUGUAAUUUGUUUAGAUUUUAUAUUCACAGACACCAAAAACAUGUUAUGAGCUCAGAGUAUUUAUUUCUUUAUUUAUUGUGUAUUUAUUUAUGAGAUCUUUUGUUGGUACCUAACAUGUAUGUUAACUUUUUUUUGUAUUCCUUAUCUCUAUA